AUGCCCACCACCCGUCGCAGCAGCGGCCCCGCCCAAAAAGGCACUCAAAAAACCCUCUCCUUCACCAACACCUCCAAGAUCUCCAAAGCGGCCAGCACCCCCACCACACUCAAAACCAAAUCUUCCAUCACCAAGCUCCCAGACCUCACCGAGCUCACCAAGGGCCUCUCCCCAUCCCCCUCCCCCGCAUCCCCAGACCUCAAGCCCACCACCCUCCCAACCACCUCUCCUAAACCAACCUCCCAACCCAAACCCAAAGCCCAAACCGCCCAUCAAACCCUCCAAACCACCCUCGCAUCUCAAAUCUCCGACGCCAAGAUCCGCAAAUACUGGAAAGCGCGCGAGGAUCUGCGUUUAGCGCCUCGAGUACAUCAGAAAGAUUUAGAAAUCAGUGAGAAGAUAUUGAGGGAAUGGGAUUGUAUGAGUCAAUUUGGUCCCGCCAUCGGCAUCUCCCGCACCAAACGCUGGCACCGCGCCUCCAGACUCGGUUUAAACCCACCCCUCGAAGUCCUCGCUGUUCUCGUCAAAGAAGAAGAAAAGAAGAACAAAGCAGUAGAAAGAGCGUAUGUGGAUGAAUUGAUGGGGGCGAAAGGAAUCAUCGGAGGGGAUGCAGUGUAA